UUUUUUAAGCGGGGGGAGUGGAAAUUCCGCUGUUACUUUUACGAGUCUCCGCAUAUUUUCUGACAUUUUUCGCUGUGGCGGUCAGUCAGCCAGUCAGUCGCUGCGAGCGGAGAGAGAGAGUGAAUACAGAAAAAAGAUCUGGAGAGCGGAGCUCCGAUGUUCCCCGCGGGUGGUUUCCAGUGAAUUUGUGAUUUCUCCGAUUCUUUUUUUUCCCCCCUCACUUGGAAGUAUGUCUCUCGUCUGUGUUUGGUGUCAGAAGUGAGAGGCUGGAGCGAAAAUCGGAGGCGCACAGCUGCCACUUUUGGAUUUUUUUGGUGUGAUUUCGUUUUUUUUUUUUUCCCCUUCUGCGUUUGGAUUAUUAUUUUAUUUUCUCUCACCGGGAGAUGAUGGCAAGUUGCUCCCUGCCAGACGCGGGGCUCCGGUGCUGAAGCUUCGCAGGAUGCUGGGGACCCUACAACAACCAGACCCCGCACUUUGAGACACAUUCCGCUUCGUUUUUAUUCCCUCUGUGGACCUAAAGUCCUCUCGGACCGUCAUUUUUUCCCCCCUCUUUCUGAUUUUAAUUCACACGAUGUCUGCGUUGUACUACCUAUUAAGGGUGCGUAGUGGAUUGCUAUUGUUCCUUUUCACCCAAGUCAUCCUGGUUGCCUCGUUGACUCAGACUGAUAAAUGCGGGGGGAAUAUAGAGAUCCACACCGCGGACUACCUGACCUCCCCGGGCUACCCGGGAGCCUACCCGCCCUCUCAGCAGUGCGUGUGGGUCAUAACCGCCCCGGAGCCGGGCCAGAAGAUCCUCAUCAACUUCAAUCCGCAUUUUGAUCUGGAGGACAGAGACUGCAAGUAUGACUACGUGGAGGUGUACAACGGCGGCGACGAGUUCUCGCGCAGGCUGGGGAAGUUCUGCGGGAAGAUCGCGCCGUCUCCCAUCAUCUCCAGCGGCAGCCAGCUCCUCAUCAAGUUCGUGUCCGACUACGAGACGCACGGGGCGGGCUUCUCCGUCCGCUACGAGGUCUUCAAGACAGGUCCGGAGUGUUCCAGGAACUUCACCGAGCCCCGGGGCGUCAUCAAGACGCCGGGCUUCCCGGAGAAGUACCCCAACAACCUGGACUGCACCUUCAUGAUCUUCGCCCCCAAGAUGUCGGAGAUCGUGGUGGAGUUCGACAGCUUCGACAUGGAGCCCGACACCACGCCGCCGCCCGGCGCCCUCUGCAGAUACGACUGGCUGGAGAUCUGGGACGGCUUCCCCGCAGUGGGUCCUCACAUCGGCAGAUACUGCGGACAGACGUCCCCGGGCCGGGUGGUCUCCUACACCGGCAUCCUGUCCAUGACCAUCACCACGGACAACGCCAUCGCCAGGGAGGGCUUCUCCGCCAACUACACCAUCCAGGAGAGGAGCCUUCCUCCGGGGCGCGAGGACGAGGACUUUGCUUGCAUGGAGGCUCUGGGCAUGGAGUCGGGGGAGAUCUCCUCCUAUCAGAUCAGCGCGUCGUCCCAGUAUAACUCCAACUGGUCGCCCGAGCGCUCCCGCCUCAACUACCAGGAGAACGGCUGGACGCCGUCCGACGACACCAUCAGGGAGUGGAUACAGGUGGACCUGGGCUUCCUCCGCUUCGUCACCGCCAUCGGGACGCAGGGCGCCAUCUCCAAAGAGACCAAGAAGCACUACUACGUCCGCUCCUACAAGGUGGACCUGAGCUCCAACGGCGAGGACUGGGUCACCGUGAAGGAGGGCUCCAAGCAGAAGAUCUUUCAGGGGAACCACAACCCAACAGACGAAGUCCGCGCCGUCCUUCCCAAACAGACUCUGGCCCGCUACAUCCGCAUCCGCCCCAUGACCUGGGAGCAAGGCAUCUGCAUGCGCUUCGAGAUCUACGGCUGCAGGACGUCAGACUACCCGUGCUCAGGGAUGCUGGGGAUGGUGUCAGGACAGAUCUCAGAUGCUCAGAUCAGCGCCUCCUCCUUCGCCGACCGGGGCUGGGUGGCGGAGAACGCCCGCCUGCUGACCGGGAGGUCGGGCUGGACGGGGCAGCAGACCAAACAGCCCUUCAGGAACGAGUGGCUCCAGGUGGAUCUCGGCCAGGACAAGAUGGUGAGCGGCGUGGUGAUCCAGGGCGGCAAACACCGCGACAGGAACGUCUUCAUGAAGAGGUUCAAGGUGGGCCACAGCCUGGACGGAGAGGAGUGGACCAUCGUCAAGGAGGAGAACACCACCCGGCCGAAGAUAUUCGUCGGCAAUCAGAACCACGACACCCCGGAACUGCGAUCCGUUGGGCCACUGCUGACCCGCUUUGUGAGGAUCUUCCCCGAGAGAGCCACCACUGAGGGCGUGGGCCUGCGCCUGGAGAUCCUGGGCUGUGAGCUGGACGACAUCACCACGACGGCCCCUCCCACCACCCCGCUGGCCUCCACCUUCCCCAUGACCACGUUCGGAGCGACCACCACCGCGCCCAUCACCGUGCCCGGCACCACGCCCACCUCAGACUGCGAGGGCGGCCGCACGGACUGCUCGCCUGAGACCGAAGCGCCCGAUGACUACGACGUUGUGAUCGCAGGAGGCACCACCACCGCCAGCCCCAUCAUGGACUUCAUACCAGCGUACCUGUGGUUCGCCUGUAACUUCGACUUCUCCUCGUACUGCGGCUGGACCCAGGAGACGGGCGCCGGAGCCGAGUGGCUCAUCCAGAGCAACGGCGCUCCCUCCGUCCACCGAGGGCCGACGCUCGACCACACAGGCGGUCCGGGGAACUUCAUCUACAUGCAGCCGAUGGACGGAGACGCGCCGAGCAAGACGGGCGAGGAGGAGGAGGCCGAGGAGGAGCGGGUGGCCCGGCUGGCCAGCCUCCCCAUCACCGCCCCGGACUCGGACCUGUGCAUGUCCUUCUGGUACCACAUGUUCGGCGAGCACGCCGGCGCGCUGCACAUCAAGCACCGGCGGGAGGCGGAGGACGGCCACAUCCUGUGGACCGUCAGCGGGCAUCAGGGCAGCCGCUGGAGGGAGGGCCGCGUUCUGCUGCCGCACUCCAGCCAGUCCUACCAGGUGGUGGUGGAGGGCGUCGCGGACAGACGCAGCGGAGGACACAUCGCCGUGGACAACAUCCAGAUCCUGGAUGGACUCAGCACCGAGGAGUGCAAGGAUCCAGAAACUCCGACUUCUCCUCCCACUGAGAUCUUCAUCCUGCCCAUGGACUCCCUCUCACAGGGGAACAGUGAACUGGGGGGCCCGGGCAACAUGCUGAAGACCCUGGACCCCAUCCUCAUCACCAUCAUCGCCAUGUCGGCGCUGGGCGUCUUCCUGGGCGCCAUCUGCGGCGUGGUGCUGUACUGCGCCUGCUCGCAGGGCAGCAUGACGGACAGGAACUUAUCCGCCCUGGAAAACUAUAACUUUGAGCUGGUGGACGGCGUCAAGCUAAAGAAGGACAAGAUGAACGGACAGACAAACUAUUCGGAGGCGUGAGCCCCGGGGGCUGGCAGGACCGGAGCGCCGCUGGUUUCUUGGUUGUUGUUGUUGUUUUCUUUGCUCCGCGUGGACACGAUGCCGAUCAAUCACGAGGAGGGAGCGCAGGGCUGAGGCCACCGACGGGACGGCAGGGUGGGCUGACGGCCAGCCCGGCUCAUUUUAUUUCUCAGGAGCGGCAGUGGAAGGGACUGACCUGCAGGGGGCACUGUGUAUAAAAAAAAAAUCUGUACAGCAAGAAAAGAAGAAGAAGAAGAAGAAGAAAACUACAAUUCUAUUUGUUUUUCGGCGUGCUUCGUUGAUUUCAUGUAAUCACAUGCUGGUGUUGAGACCAAUUCAGAUGAAAGUAUCGUUUAGCGGAAAGAUUAGAUCUGGCUUUGGAUUUGUUCUUCAGUUUAUUGAUUGUUAUUGUUGUUUGUUCUUGUCUUUUCGUUUUUCUUUUGUUUUUUUUUUAGACGCCAUAAGUUCCACAGGAUGGGCUGAAUAUGUGAAAUUUCUGAUGCUCUUUAACUGGCCACACAUCCCGUGUGUGUGUGUGUGUGUGUGUGUGUGUGUGUGUGUGUGUGUGUGUGUGUGUGUGUUGCAUUCAUAUACAUUUACAUAUAAGGUGUGAACAUGUGUGAACAUAUGGCUGCUGUGUCUGACACAAGCAUUUUUCUGUGUGUGUGUGUGUGUGUGUGUGUGUGUGUGUGUGUGUGUGUGUGUGUGUGUGUGUUCCAACAGUGCCUUUUUUUCCUCAGAUUUUUUCUGUUGCCUUGUUUUCUGCUGUUUUGUUUGAUUUUAUUGGGUUUUUUUUCCCCCAUCGCCUGGCAUUCGUUGUGAUUCUUUCACAGAUGUUGUGGAAGUCUGACUGUAAUCACUUUGUGCACGUGUGCGUGAGUGUGUGUGUGCGCGCGCGCGUGUGUUGAUCCUCAUGCCUUGAUGACAGUCGUACCGACACAGACUCAACCAGAACAAUCCAGAGAAGAAUUUGAGAAAACUGUGGAGUUUUUCCAAGCGGGAGAACUCGAACGCCUCAUUUUUUUAUUCUUUUUUUUUUUUUAGUUUUUUUUUUAGUUUUUUUUCAUGGCACAUGACACAUCCAACAUAUUGUACAUAGGUUUUAAUAUAUUUGAGCGAUAGAAGGAGACGCCAGUGCCGCAGUAUCCUUUCUGUGCCGGAUUCAGGCGUCUGGUGUUUGGGUUGCGCUGGACGACAGUGGAGGGUUUGUGUUUUUCGUACAGGGUAAAAACAGACGACCUCAGAACCACCGACACGCUGACAGGGAGUCCAGGCUGGACCGGUGUGAUCGCUUUCUUCUCGCUGGCACGUUAAAGUGACUGUUAAAGCCUUUCUGCCCUGACGGGUGUCCAGCAGCAGGUGGAGCCACUGAGGGGACUUUCAGCUACUUUCCCUUCAGGGCCCGACAUCAGCGUCCUCAUCGUCCUCAUCGUCUUGGUCUUCUCUUGAGCCGAUCCAGCUCUGAAUGCUCACUGUUUCAGCUGAAAAUCCAGAAUGAAUGUUUUCAUAAAGCUUAAAAAAAAAAAACAAAUAAAACUAUCAGUGAAGAGUUUUUGAGGAUAUUCAGAGCAGAGUCAAAUCCCAAUAAAGCCAAAGUGUUUAUUUCAGAUCGUUUUUUUGAACUUCACUUCAAUGUGAUUUUUAAACCGUCCCGGGUUUGAUUUGUGCUCAGAUCAGCGUUUUGUGGAAUCACAUGUUCGACAUUAAACUCCUGUGAAAAUGUCUCAGUCGGAAGCGUGUGUAUUCCUGUCGUCGUCGUCAUCGGAGGAGGAGGAGGAAACCUGCUUUCUAAGCUGAGCCCAGCCAGACGGACACAAAGCUCCUUCUCCUUUAAACAAGAAAGGAUGCUGCAGCACUCGACGUGAAAACAAAUGUUGCACUGAUAUAUUUAAAGAAG